AGGCGUGUUUUUGGCUCGGAGAGCCGGCGCCCCACAGCCGCGAACUGCCCCCCUGCUACACGUCGGCCGCCGGCCCCUGCUCGGCGAUGGCCAGGCUCCUCCUCGCCGCCGUGAUGGCCGCAGCCGCGACGGGCCUGCUCGUCCACGACGGCCCCGCCGACGCGCCGUCCGACGACGCCGAGUCGGGCGCGGGCGCCGCCACGGUGCUCGACCCAGAGCUGACCAACGCCGCCCUCGAGAAGUUCCACGUCACCGUGCCGGGGGAGCACGCCAUGAUCGUGCUGCCCGAGCAACGCCGACCUGGAGAACCCGGCCGCCGCGGACCUGAUCAUCUACGCGACCUUCGGGAAGCUGACCGAGGAGCCGUGCGAGGAUCUCCUCAUCCGGACGCUCACCUUCGAGGGGAGCUCCGUCGGGACAAACAUCACGAAGCUGGCGUUCACCGUGGGGAGCGACCUGUUCAACGGAAAUCAUAUGCAUGCCGCCUUCUCGUUCUUCGAACCAUGGUUGACAGUGGAGGCACCACCAGCGAUGUUACCAACUCGGACGCUCUGCACUUCUUCUACAACGUUCCACAGUGCAGGAUGUCUGUUCCUCGGGGCUACCUCAAGGCGCCCACGUACAGGAGUUUCCUGAAGCGCUCGAGAUUCAUGCAGGUGGAGUGCAGCUUGGACAACGGCAAGCACGAGAUCAAGGUAUCGAAGACCACGGUGUGGCGCGGCUUUGACCGCGCCGCCAACGCGACCGUCUACGCCAACGACCUCGCCUUCAGCGUCUCGAACGUCGCGGGGGCGGGUGGCAUCCUCGGCACGGACGACCACGCGGCGGUCGCGGCGGCGGUCCCCGGCUGCAACAAGAAGCAGCCCAUCAAUGGCCCGUACCAGACCAGGAAGGGGCCCAAGGGGAAGCCCUGGCAGCGCGCGCACCACUUCCGCUGAGCGGCCGCCGCGGCGCGCCGUGCCGGGGCCGCCGCGCGGAGGGCGGGCGGAGCGCCGCUGGCGCUCCCCCGCUCCGGCUGCCCCCGCCGGCCGCGCGGGCGCCCGGACCUCGGACCUCCGGUAUCCCUACCCCUUCCGGGCGCCCGAAGCUGUGGGCAGCAGGGGCGGCCGCACGGCGCCCGGGGGGGCGUGCAGCUGGUGCGCGGAGCAAACUUUUUUGUGGGCGGCGCCGUCUCUGCACGGGCGCCGCCCCGGCCUCGCCGGGCGGGCGCGGGGAGCGGCUGAUUGGGCCGCGCCUUGGGGCACCGGAGUCCUCCGAGAGCUC